GAAGAGAAGAGUUUUAUGUCCGGGUCACGUGAGAGCGGCCCCGGAAGUGCUUGGAAGCGCUCCGCGGGGCAUGGCAUGGCAUGGCAGGAGCUUGCGGAGGGGCUGAGGUCAGGUAUAGCGCCAAAUUCUCCUCCUGAGAUGGAUGUGAAGAGCUCCUACAACUGAUGACUCUUCCAACCAUUAGAAAUGUCUUGAUCACAGCUACCUAUCUGGCAUUUGGAGGCAUGACCGUUAUUGAAGAUAUGAAAUCUUAUGACAAAUGGAAAACUGUAGUUAAAAAUAGGAACACUGAAUAUUACUUGAAAUAGGAAAAUACUCUUCUUCAAAAUGGGUGCCCUGUGUUCAGUUAUCAGGUUUGAGAAUCUCCAGGAACUGAAGAGACUGUGUCACUGGGGCCCCAUCAUAGCCCUUGGUGUGAUAGCAAUAUGUUCUACUAUGGCUAUGAUAGAUGCUGUUAUGUGGUAUUGGCCUUUGGACACAACAGGAGGAAGUGUGAAUUUCAUCAUGCUCAUAAACUGGACUGUCAUGAUUCUUUACAAUUACUUCAAUGCCAUGUUUAUUGGCCCUGGAUAUGUUCCCUUAGGAUGGAAACCGGAAAAAUCUCAGGACUGCAUGUAUGUCCAGUACUGUAAAGUGUGCCAGUCUUACAAGGCACCACGUUCACACCACUGCCGAAAAUGUAACAGGUGUGUGAUGAAAAUGGACCAUCAUUGUCCGUGGAUCAAUAAUUGUUGUGGGUAUCAGAAUCACGCAUCCUUCACUCUGUUUCUCCUUUUAGCUCCACUUGGAUGUAUCCAUGCUUCUUUCAUUUUUGUUAUGACCAUGUACACUCAGCUUUAUAACAGGAUAUCUUUUGGAUGGAGUUCUGUAAAGAUUGAUAUGAGUGCAGCCAAAAGAGACCCACUUCCUAUUAUUCCUUUUGGAUUGUCUGCAUUUGCUGCAUCUUUAUUUGCAUUGGGACUGGCAUUAGGAACAACCAUAGCAGUUGGUAUGUUGUUUAUUAUCCAGAUAAAAGUCAUUCUGAGGAAUAAAACUUCAAUCGAAUCCUGGAUUGAAGAUAAGGCCAAAGACAGAAUCCAAUAUUACAAAACGGGAGAGAUCUUUAUUUUUCCUUAUGACAUGGGAAGUAAAUGGAAGAACUUUAAACAAGUGUUUACGUGGUCAGGGAUUCCUGAGGGAGAUGGCCUCGAAUGGCCAAUAAGAGAAGGUUGUCAUCAGUAUACUUUGACAAUAGAGCAAUUGAAACAAAAAGCAGACAAGCGAGUAAGAAGUGUGCGGUACCGAGCAGUAGAAGAUUAUAGUGGUGCCUGCUGCCCUGUGACUAAAGGUGUUAAAACAUUCUUCACAACCCCAUGCACUGAAGAACCGAGAAUUGCACUGUGUAAAGGGGAUCUGAUUUUGGCCACUAGAGGUUUAAAACACUGGAUGUAUGGAGACAAAUUUCUUGACUCAACUACUGACGCUGGAAUGAGAGUCAGAGGCUGGUUCCCAAGGAAAUGUGUGGAAAAAUGCCUGUAUGACUCUGAAAUGGAUCAGCCAUUGGAUGGAGAGAAGAAAAAUAGAUAGCCAUCUCAUCACCAUUACGAAUAAAUGGAAAUGUUCCUUUCAGACCACAGUCCUUUACUUGAAACCUUCUGUAUAUUAUUUUAGACUGAUGCAGGAAAUAUGGUGUGAAAGUGACCCCUUUUCCUCACAAUUAAAGGGUACCCUAGUGCCAUGGUUUGCAUAUAUUUUUAUUAAUGUUUUUAUAACUGAAGAAGCCAUUCCACAUAGAUGCCUUUGAGAUACAAAGGUUUUUCCACCUUAGGACAGAUUUGAUUGUGUUUUCUUUACUGUUUAAAUGAAGGAUUUUUUUAAUUGCAGACUGAGGGACCUUUGUCUAAUUUUUUCCACAAUGGUAUCUGUGGCUAAUGCAUGCUGCUUUUCCUUUGUAUAUUACUUGGCCAUGUGUCCCAAGUGCCCCGUGAAAGCUAUAGAGUAAACUUUGAAUUCAAAUGCAAGUAUGAUUUGCUACCUGUGACUUUUAAUAAUGUGUAAACUUUUGUCAAUUGCAAAUAAACAAUGUGUAUUCUGUAUAG